CCCCCAGUGAGCAAAACAUCCCCUGGUUUUCCUACUCGCCCGCGGGGACCGGCAUAAGGCUCUUCUCAGUAAGUUGUCAUCCAUUUUUUUGGUGUGAGACACCCUUUCACGGACAGGUGUCAUUGACAAGUGGAGGAUCUGCCACCUAAAUCCAGGGGUUGCUUUUCUUGUUGGUAGCAGAGCAAGACAUUCCCCAGCCCUAAGCGGGGAAUGGGCAAGAUGGAAGAUGCCAGAAUCCGUCAGCCCACUGAGGCUGAGAAGAGGGAUGUGCUUUGGGAAAGACCAGGGCAGAGGCAGUGGGGUGAGGAUACCCCCAAGUCACGAGGAUGGUGCCAGCUUUUCAGGCAGUGUUGCUACUGGGAGGCUGACGGUCCCCGAGGGGUUUGCAGCCAACUCCACCAGCUGUGCCAUCAGUGGCUGAAGCCAGAGAAGCACUCAAAAGCUCAAAUGCUGGACCUGGUGAUCCUGGAGCAGUUCCUGGCCGUCCUGCCCGCCGAGAUGGAGAGCUGGGUGCGGGAGUGCGGAGCAGAGACCUGCUCCCAGGCAGUGGCGUUGGCCGAGGGCUUUCUGCUGAGCCAGGCAGCAGAUAAUGAUCUGGGAAUGAAGCAGGAAAUGCCAGCAAGUUCAAAGGUUGGUGAUUCAGAAGUGGAGCUGAUCCCAUCCAAUCACAGAGAGAGGUUGCGUUUCUUUGGAAUUGGGCAGGAGGCUGGAAAAAAUGUGAGCAUAUCAGCUGUUGAGGAUUUUCUGGCAGAGCCUUCCAUGGCACCUCUUCUCAGCAGUCAAGGACAAGCCGCUUUGGUGCAGCUGGAUCAGGUUCCAGUGUCUUUUGAGGAGGUGGCUGUGCAUUUCUCGGAGGAAGAGUGGACGUUGCUGGAUCCUGACCAACAAGCUCUGCAGUGGGAGGUCAUGGUAGAGAAUUACGGGAAUGUGGUCUCUCUGAUAGAUGAUGAGUGGAAAAGCAGGACUUUGGAAGAUCCAUGUCGUGAGUCCUUGGAAAGAGACAAAUUUCUGGUAGUGGAUGAACAGAGAAGAGAAGCAGGGAUGAAGCAGGAGAAAGGGAGUGCCUUUUUCCCUUCAGAAAGGACAGACGGUCACAAAAUAAAAAUCCAUGAAAAAGUAAACCCCGAGACAAAAGGGAGUCAGUGCCCCAUGUGUGGAAAAAGGUUCAGUCGCAAAUCCCAUCUUAACAAACACAAAAGGAUCCACACUGGGGAAAAACCUUACCAGUGCUCUGAGUGUGGAAAAAGUUUCAGGCGCAGUACCGAUCUGACAUGCCAUCAUCGAACCCACGCAGAAGAUCAGCCAUUUAAAUGCUCUGAGUGCGGGAAGAGUUUUCGAGGGAGCUCGGACCUGCGUUCGCACAAGCGAAUCCAUACUGGAGAGAAACCCUAUACCUGUUCCUUGUGUGGGAAGAGCUUCAGCCACAGCAUCAGCCUUAAUUCUCACCAGAGAAUCCACACAGGGGAGCAACCAUUUAAAUGUUCAGUGUGUGGGAAAAGCUUCACUCGGAAUACCGGGCUGACGCUGCACCAACGAAUCCACACGGGGGAGAAACCUUACACAUGUGCCUUGUGCGGGAAGAGUUUCAGUCACAGCAAAAGUCAUGCCAUCCACUUGAAAGUGCACACAGGAGAAAAACCAUACACGUGUUUGGAGUGUGGGAAAAGCUUCAUAGGAAGUUCCUACCUUAAAUCACAUCAAAGAAUCCACACGGGGGAGAAACCUUAUAUGUGCGCCAUGUGCGGGAAAAGCUUCAGAUGGAGCACAAACUUCAAUGAACAUAAAAAGAUUCACACAGGCGAGAAUGCAGUAAACCCUAAAAGCUCCUGGGUUGUGGAAGGAACUUGCAGUGGGUCACAGAUCUUCCUAUCAGAAGAUUUGCUCCAAGGAGAAAGCAUAUACAGUAUGUAGAAAAAUGAAACUGUAAUAAACAGGGAGUCGGCAGAGGAGAAAGAGUGUAGAAAUGCUCAAAAUGUGGCAGAAAUCUCCAUUGACGUACAAACUAUAUUCCAAAAGCUGCAGGAGUUUACAAAUAAGAGUGUUUUAAAAUUCUGGAUUUCUCAGGAAUCACCAGCAUAAAAUAGAAGUUUUCCAAAUGUUACAUUGUUUAGUUGCUUUGACUAACAGAGACUUGACUGUCAGUGUCAGAGUGAAACAACAUCUUCAUGUAAUUGGCUGUACUGUAUGGAGUCCCUCUUGUACACAAAAGUACACAAAUUUGUCGAAUGAAUAAAGUUCCC